ACAAUGUUUCAUAACAAUGAGGAAGAGCAUGCGUCUUGUUUGGAAGAAAUGAGGAAACUUUCUUCGUUCUCUCUAGAGACAGAAAUUCAAUCCAUCAAUCAACAAAAAAUUGAGGAAAGAUUAAAAAAGUUUGUAUAAGACAUAGAAUAUGGAUAUGACACAAUUGAGGAAACCAUUUGUUUUCACAAUUUUGUUUCAUAUCUAUACUGGAAAAGCGACGAAAGAAAAAAGGCCAUGGAGUUUGCUACAAGGGCCCUUGAACUGGGAAGAGAGAUCUCAUCGCUAGGAGCGACAGAUAAUAUAGUAAAUAUAUGUAAUUUUUAUUACUUUUAUGAAGGAAUUGGAGAAGUGGUUCAGUCCAGGGAGUUUCUUAGACAGUUUAAAGAAUUGUCCAAAGUAGAUGAUUUCCAACAUCUAGAAUAUAUUGCAAAGGCAGAAUUAGCAGUGUGUAUUUCAAAGCUUGGUCCAUUCUGUGCAACGAAAGCUAUUGAAAUGUUUCGUGAAUCUGUUGACAAAAUGUCUACAUUUGUAGAUUGCUGGCAGUUUUAUUUUGCAUUGACACUACGAAGAAAAACACAUUUACUUGCCAUUCAGAAUAGGUCGGAUGCAGAGUUAGUAAGUAAGGAUAGGGAAGCGUUUGAUAUACUCAUGGAAGUUAUUGAAAAAACUUCUUCAAAAGCCUUGAAAGCCAGAUCAUUUACUGAAGUUGGAGUAAUAGUUUACAAUAAUCGAGACGAAUACAAAAACAUGAAUUACAUGGAAUUCUUUGAAAAGGCAAUAGCAGUCAACCCCAAAUCAAUCCACGCACUCCAGCGCUAUGGACAACAUUUAAGAUAUCAAAAAAAUUAUCCGCUAUCUAUAGAAAUGCUUGAAAAAUCAUUGAACAUUCGAGAGACACCCACUGCUUAUCAUCAUCUUGGUCUCACUUAUCACAACAUGGUCGUACAAGAACAUAUUAAAAAAAAGAAAGAAAAUCUCUCAAAUCGAAAAAAUAUGAGGAGACAAAAAUCUUUUGAUGUUAGAAAACCAAAUAGGAAGGAAAACUGCAAAAAACAAAUUGAAGAAACGACUCAAGAUUUGGGACAAAUAAGGGCAAAGAUGAAAGCAGUUAGAUAUGUAGCGCAAUAUCCAGGAGAUGGCCGUCUGCUGAUUGCUGAACAAAAUCUAGAAAAGGCUUUGUUUAUGGAUGCCUCUUUUGAUAAAGCACGUUAUGACUUAGGACUCGUUCAAAGAAUGCUUGGAAAAGGUAAUGAAGCACUGAAAAAUUUUAGGGAUAUAACAAACAGUUACAAAGGGAAAUCAAGUAAUCAGAUUCUACUCCUUUUUGCAUACGAGCAACAGGCAUUUUGUAGAUUGGAUUUUUUCAAAACUAGUAAGAGUGAAAAGGAUAUAAUCAAUGCAGUAGAUGCUUUCAAUAGAGCUUUGGAUAUUUUGUCUUUGUAUAUAGACGUUCUUCCAGAACUGAAAAAUGUGUCUUCUUGCAUUGAGAUUUUAGAAGAAAAAAUGAACGAAUAUGAAUGUCUGUACUCGGGAGAAGGCAGAAAAGACUUUGCUCGUUUAUAUGAAAAGUCAAGGCAAUACAAAAAAGCAUACGAGCUUUACGCGACAUGUGAGCCUAAGACUGCAGCAGUUUAUCAAAAGAUGGUUGAAAAUUUGAAAGCUGAUGGAGAUUAUGAAAGUGCCAUCGGCAUAUUAAAUAAACUAAUUACAGACAAAGACUCGAAUAUACCUUCUAGAAAAUUCUUAUUUCGGAUGUAUAUGGAUGGAGCCCUGCAAUCAUUACAAAAUAGAAAUUUUGAGGAAACGAAAAUGAGGUUCCUGCAAUGCCGAAAAUGCAUACCAGCCUGGGAAAUGCGUACUGAGAACUGCUGUGGUGAAGAUAACAUGCUAGAUUUCCACAUUCUGCAUAUUUGUGAGGAAAGCUGUCCACUUGCAGAGAAGUUAUUACAUGUACUGUCACAGUCCAAUUUCAUAAAAUGGAACGUUACUAAGAAUGUCGAUGAUUGUAUACCAGGACAUACAAUUACAAAAUAUCUCAAAGAUGUUAUCAAAAGAGCAAAAUUCAUUCUCCUCUUUUACCAUGAGAAACAGUUGGACUGUGAUGAUAAUAAUGGCGAGUUCCUUAAAAUGGAGCAUGAAAAUCUCAGCAUAAAUAAGGAAAAAGAUGUGCUAAACAUCAUUCUAGGUGAUGCAGAACAACCAUCUACUCUUCACCCAACUCUCGUCCUCCCGAAUGACUUUGCCACUGCAAAAGCAGACGACAAAGAAGACCAGAAGAUGCAUGCCUUUGACGGUCGCCUGACAAUGGAUAUUCUUAUGAAGACAUUUGCACUCCAAGAGAGUAAGAAAAUUACAGAUGUUUCCAGUUAAUGCUUCCUUGGGUUUGGACUUUAGACGAACGGAGAAUUUUCGAAAAGAGUGGAGUAUAUAAGUGCUAGGUGUAAUUAGUUGUUGAUGCAUAAAGACAUUUUAUUAAUUAAAAAUACUCAGCUUUAAUUCCUACUUUGAUUUGAUAUAUCCAAUCGAUCUAUUAAAUAUAUAAUUUCCUUACUUUCUUCACUUACUCUUUUCUUUACAAAGAGCAUUUGUUUCAAUUGUUGGUGUUUUAUAGAGAAAA